CGAGAGCCAACUUGCAUCAACGUGCAGGUGGAGGAUGGCGCAUCGGCUGAGAUGUCCUUGCAAUACACUCAUCAAUCGGUGUAUCUCGCUGUCGAAGGGCAGGGGCACAAGGAACACCUCUGUCCGUCGAAUGAAGACCGGAAGCUGUGCAUGGGAAGGGAGGACGUUGCGCCAGUGUCUACUGACCGCGGAGACCUUUUCUGGCAAGAGAACGUCCUCGGCAGCACCCAGUUCGAAGAUGUAUGCCAGGAUAUCAUCGACUAUCCGCCAGCUGCAACCUCCGACCUGGGGGGAAAAAGUCAGUUGGAAAUGAUCGUUAAAAUUUCGACAAUAGAUAUAAGCAUAGAAUACACGGCAUCACGUUUGAAACGCGGAGACGGAUACUCGAGCGGGAUUCGAAACAAGGGGGAGGGAAGUGUGGCACUCACGAAAGAGCCAUUGAACGGACUCUCAACCACCAGAAAAGGCCGAUUCACGGUUGUAGCAGCUGGUUAUAGAUGUGAGAUGGGGGUACUGGGAGAGGAGGUGGUGGGAGAGCGUUGGAGAGACCCGGAGGGGGAAGGUUCAAGUCGUAUCGACGGCUAG